GUUAGUUUCCCAGAGUAUUGUGAGCUGCUGUUGCUGCCGCUACCGGCGAGUGUGGCUGUGAAGGAAGAGAAGAUUAAAAAUAAUAAUAAUAAUAAAAAAUAAUAAGCAAGGCGGCUGUCCCUUUAAACCGGAGAGGGCGGGCCUUGGGCUUUGUAGGAUGACAUCAGUGGGUUUGGCUCGGAGACUCAAUGGAAACUCAAUGAGCGAGAGCCUGGGCUGUACACACACCCCGAGAGGCUGAAGGGGAAGGAGGGAGGCAGUUAGUUGAGCAGGCAGAGGAGGAGGCAGCAGCAGCAGCAGCUCUGCUCGGCGCUUGGAGCUGGCGUCGGCGCCCAGCCGCCCUUCCCAAUCCUCCUUCAUCCUUCCUUUCCCAGCGCCGUUCCCCCCUGACAGCCACCGGAGCAGCAGCGGCAGACGGGCUCCUUCCAGGCAGGAGCAACUGAAUCAUGGAGCUUCGAGUGGGGAACAAGUAUCGGCUGGGACGAAAAAUUGGUAGUGGUUCCUUUGGAGAUAUUUAUUUGGGUGCCAAUAUUGCCACAGGAGAGGAGGUAGCUAUUAAGUUGGAAUGUGUUAAAACCAAGCACCCACAGCUUCAUAUCGAAAGCAAAUUUUACAAGAUGAUGCAGGGAGGAGUGGGUAUCCCUUCCAUUAAGUGGUGUGGUGCAGAGGGCGACUAUAAUGUGAUGGUGAUGGAGCUGCUGGGGCCCAGCCUGGAGGACCUCUUCAACUUCUGCUCCCGCAAGUUCAGCCUCAAAACUGUUCUGCUCCUGGCAGAUCAGAUGAUCAGUCGUAUUGAGUACAUUCAUUCCAAGAACUUCAUCCACCGAGAUGUGAAACCAGAUAACUUCCUUAUGGGGCUAGGAAAGAAGGGCAACCUAGUGUACAUCAUUGACUUCGGCCUGGCCAAGAAGUACCGAGAUGCCCGCACCCACCAACAUAUCCCUUACCGGGAAAACAAAAAUCUGACUGGCACAGCCCGCUAUGCCUCUAUAAACACUCAUCUUGGGAUUGAACAAAGUCGCCGUGAUGACUUGGAGAGCUUGGGCUAUGUGCUGAUGUACUUCAAUCUUGGCUCGCUGCCAUGGCAAGGCCUGAAGGCUGCCACAAAGCGCCAGAAAUACGAGCGCAUCAGUGAGAAGAAGAUGUCAACGCCCAUCGAGGUGCUCUGCAAAGGGUACCCUUCUGAGUUCUCUACGUACCUCAACUUCUGCCGCUCACUGCGGUUUGACGACAAACCAGACUACUCCUAUUUGAGGCAGCUGUUCCGCAACCUCUUCCACCGCCAGGGCUUCUCCUACGACUACGUGUUUGACUGGAACAUGCUCAAGUUUGGGGCGGCCCGGAAUCCUGAGGACAUGGAUCGGGAGAGGCGAGAACACGAGCGAGAGGAGAGGAUGGGGCAGCUCAGGGGAUCUGCAACACGGGCACUGCCACCUGGGCCCCCCGCUGGAGCCACAGCUAACCGCCUCCGCAAUGUCGCUGAGCCCAUGGCCUCUACACCCACCUCCCGUAUCCAGCAGUCUGGAAACACAUCCCCCAGGGCAAUUUCACGAGUGGACAGGGAGCGGAAGGUGAGCAUGCGGUUACACCGAGGAGCCCCUGCCAACAUCUCCUCGUCUGACCUCACAGGACGGCAAGAGGUGUCACGGAUUUCAGCGUCUCAGACAAGUGUGCCAUUUGAUCACCUGGGGAAGUGAAGAGAGGAUGCCACCAGACCAGUGUUUGCUUAGUGUCUUCACUGUAUUUUUUCUUUUAAAAAACAAAAUAACAAACAAAAAAUUAAAAAAAGAAAAAACCGAAAAAAACCCCAUUUUUUUUUCCGCCAGCCACAAGGAGAGGAGCUGCCCUGUGCUGGCAUUCAUGUCUUUUCUGAGAUCGCUGCCUGCGUUCCCGAGUCCAAUUGCCUUCGACAAGUUGCAGACACAGGAGCCUUGCAGAAUACACCCUGCUGCUGCUACCGUGCAGCCUCAUCUCCGGAGGCCUUGCCUUGUCUCAUGCCAGCAGGCCAUGCCAGCCACCACGGCUUUCCAACUCCCCUUUUGGAUCUGUUUGUAUCAUUUAAAUUUUUCCCCUGACUCAGAGUUUGGUUCGCCUAUGAUGAGAUGAUUUCCCACGUAAUAUAAAAAUUCCUUUGGCAGUGUGGGGAAUGUUUCCAGGAGACGCAAGAUUCCGGCACUUGGUGGUCUCGGUAGCUGGCUUAACAUUCAUUUCAAAACGGACUGCAGUUGUAAGCUGGCACUGCCUCCAGAGGAGAAACGGCGGAGGAAGCCUGCUCUUUGUAUUCAGGCAUUAUUUCCCUAGGGGACACCACUGUCCUUCUGUGCAUUCAUGGGCAAGUUGGGAGAUGCUGCUGGCAUACCAAUAAGGCGAACAAUACUGGCAUGGCAGCCAUUGUGUGUGUGAAGGGUGUGCCUAUGGGUGGAGAUGUGCUGGGCAAGGCAGAAGCAAAUGUGAAGGAUGUGGAAAUGUCGCCUGCCUCUCGCGUAAGCGGUGGGGAUCUUUUUUUUUUUUUUUAAAGCCCUGUUUUCGUGUGUGUGAGUUAUUUUUUUUUAAAAAAUGUUUUAAUUUUACCCCGGAGAUGGGGAGGGUGUUGAGGAAACGGUUGGGGUAUGUGAUGGUGGGGAGAAGCUGGUUUUAUCGUAAAGUUUGCUCCCUCCACCAGCAGUUAAAAGGCCAACCCUGCUCAAACGCACAACCUCCCCAACACACACACGCGCGCGCGCACACAAACACACAGCCUCCCCCACCUUCCUUCGUCCCCAUUGUUUUCAAAGUUUAGCCUUGACCCAAGAAAUCCAAUUUCUCUUGGGUUUUGCAUUGCAGCUGUCAUGGCCAUGCCCUCCAGCCUCUGGCUUGGCACACUUCUGACGUUGGACAGUGCAGACCUAUUGGAAGGGGGUCAGGCUUGGCUCUUUGGUUCUCAUUCUUUCUGUUUAACACACAGCUCUGUUCCCCCCCUAAUUUAUUUACCCCGCUUACUGUGUCUCUCUCCUUUUUUUUAAUUAAAGUAAAAAAAACUUUUUAUUACUUUGUAAUUUUAAAAAAAAACUGAAAAAAAAAACCUUGGAGAACUUUGGGGGGGAUUUUGUACUUUUUUCCUGUGUAAAUAUUGGACUUUUUUGAGCUUUAUUGUGGUUGUUAAUUUGAAGUAAUAAAGUAGAAAAUUAUAAAGUGA